UUUUAUUCAUCAAUACUUUGCAUUUACAUAUCUUGAUCAUUAAAAAAUGUGUUCUCUUUAACAGGUCAGUGGUUAUGUACCUGGUAUGUACAAUAAUACAUAUAGUGCUCAAUUAUCAAAUUCAGACUGAGCAUCGAAGAGUUUCAAUCUUUUAACUUCAUGUUCAGAUUUAACAUAUUUCUCCACCUCUUCAUCAGGAAUAUCAUACUCGGUUAAAUCUUCACAAUCGAGAUCUGGGUGUUCUAUAAUAAUAUUAUCCGAUUCAUCUGCAAUUCUUUUAUGAGACUUUACUUUGGGCACUGUCCAAUCACGACGCUCUCGUUUGAAUCGUCGAGAAUAUUUUUUCUCAUUUCUAUCAUAUGCAACAUCAUUGUUUUUAUGUGAUACACACCUCCCAGUUUCGGAUUUUUGUUCCAUGUCAGGAGUCAUGUUAUUGUUUAUCUGCUUUUCAUUUUUGAUACCAUCGCCCACUUGUGGAAACUUAUCUUUAUUUGGAUCACCAGUAUCAUCUUUAAAGUUAUCCACUUCUGUUUCAUUCAUUUCAUCAAUGUUAUCCUUAAUUUUAGCCAUCUCCAUGGUAAUUUCAUCUACAAGUAUAUUUCUGUAUUUCAAAAUGUCAUCUAAAUGGGCUAGAACGUCCUUGUCAUAUUUGAAGUCACUCAACUCGAUCCAUGGGAUGUUAUUUGCCAUUUCAACCAAGUAUUUAAGAAUACUUUUUUGCUUAUCAUUUGCCUUUGUGUUACUGACUCUGAACUGUUUGGUAAAUUGUCCCCAAGAAGUCUUCCGCCGUUUUCCAAAACUCUCAGCAACCCAAGCAACGAAGGUCAAAUAGAGCAAAAUUCUCUCAUGGUUAUGACCAGUCGUCAGCCAACAAUUUUGACAUAAAUGAUAAAGAUCCAUUACAUUACGUCGCACCUUUUCUGUGACUUCUUGUGAUAUAUGUAAAGAGCUGUAGUAGUCUUCAAUAUCAACGCCUGGAAUUGAUAUGUUGAACUUUGCUUUUAGUUUGUGGAAAAACUGUGAAAACAAUGCUCUUGUUACGCCACUCAAAUUACACAGAUACGUCAUAGCGAUGUGUUUAUUAUUUUGACGACAGAUGAUGUAAACACACGCUAAAGCGAGAGCCUGUUUGGAAUCCAGCCGAAUACAAUAUCCAAAGUUUCCUUUUGAUAUCGCUUUUUCGUAUAAUUUUCUAGAAUCCUCCAUAAGAGCUUUUGACAAAAUCAGUUUUUGACACAUUAUCUCAAUUAAUUUAUUUCCCACUUUUCUACCAACUGUUAUACUUUUCCUUUCACCAGUUUUGUAUUGAUAAUCGUCAGGGAGAUUAUACCCAGCAGAUGACGCAGAUGGGACAUAGUAGCCAUCAUUGGGUUCAGCAAACUGUAGAACUUCUUCGACAACUGUGCCACAUUCUGUGCACACUGUAUGUCCCGAUUCUUCAAUGUUUUCAAAUGUUGUUGAGUUGCAAUUUUUAAAGGUGCAGGACCUAGCUGUUGCCAUAUUUCCAAUUUUAUAGCAUCAGGAUAUAACUAUUACAAAAUCCAGCAAGUAUGUCACUUCAGGAUGAAACUGUUGCAAAAUUCUACAGUUUUAUCACGUCAAGAUAAAGCUGUUCCAAAAUGUUUUCACUUCAAAAUACACUAUGAAUGACACUGAAUGUACAUUAAAUGUAUUAAUUAAUUAUAUCAGAUGUGUCAUGUUACUUUGGCUCCAUUUUUGGCAUAAACUGUCUCUGUCUAUCUUGAAGCAUGCUCCCCUUUAUCUUUUCUAGCUCGUUGAGGCCGUUCCUUACAUGUUCUUGACGGUGGAAGGUCAUCAAAAGAUCCUUGUGGGCUGCAUAGCUAGAACCUUCAUGUGGUUGUCCUGUUGAAACUUGAGUGAGGUAAUUGAUCUGCUUUAACAAUCCACUCUCAACGUUCUCCAAUGUCUUCAAGAACUGAGUUGUCUGACUUUCUACUUGUUUAAUCUUUGGUGUAUCCUUUGAUAGUUCUCCAACAGCGUGACCUGCAAAUUGUAAGGCGCUAGCUAUCUCUUUUUCGAUAUUUUCGAGCUGCUUCAGUCGAUCGACGGGAGCAGCCAUAACGGACAUGACGUCAUACUUCUUGUACUGCGCCUGCGCGAGAUCUGUCGUUUAAAAGUGUUUCGUAAAUCAUUUGCUCGGUAAAACCUCCAAAAUGCAUCGAUCUACAAGGAUUAUCAAGCAUAUGAAAUGUUUAAAUAAUGUAAAAACUGGUACUCUAUUAUCGAGACCAUGUAUCCAGGUAGUUCCACAGAAAUGUUACUCGGAAAAAGCAGAGUCCACCUCAUUUUUGAUGAACAUUUUUCGAGGACAAAUCAAAACAGAUCAAGUUUUCCCAUUCCCAGAAGUUCUAAAUGAUGAACAGAAGGAAACCUUACAGAUGCUCAUAGAUCCAACUGCAAAGUUCUUCGAGGAGCAAAAUGAUUCACUCAAAAAUGAUGCCACAGAGGUUAUUGAAGAGGAAACUAUGCAAGGCCUAAAAGAUAUGGGAGCAUUUGGUCUGCAAGUCCCACAUGAGUAUGAUGGAGUUGGUUUAACUAACACACAGUAUGCUAGACUGGUGGAGAUAGUUGGGGCCCAUGACCUUGGAGUUGGAAUCACCCUUGGGGCACAUCAGUCUAUUGGGUUCAAGGGAAUCACCCUAUUCGGCACCAAAGAACAAAAACAGCAAUAUUUACCCAAAUUGGCUGUCGGAGAAAAGAUGGCAGCCUUUGCAUUAACCGAACCAUCCAGUGGCUCUGAUGCUAGUUCAAUAAGAUCUCGUGCAGUAAAGUCUGAGUGUGGCAAGUACUGGGUUCUAAAUGGCAGCAAAGUGUGGAUCUCUAAUGGGGGAUUUGCUGAUGUCUUCACAGUGUUUGCCCAGACAUCAUUGAAGAGUGAAAAGACAGGAGAAAUGGUGGAUAAAGUUACAGCAUUCAUUGUGGAGAGAGACUUUGGUGGUGUGACAAGUGGUCCCCCUGAGAAGAAGAUGGGCAUCAAGUGCUCCAAUACAGCUGAAGUGUACUUUGAAGAUGUCAAGAUUCCAGCAGAAAAUGUCCUUGGAGGUGAAGGUGGAGGCUUUAAGGUUGCUAUGAACAUACUGAACAAUGGCAGGUUUGGCAUGGCUGCUGCACUUUCUGGUACCAUGAGGGCUGUCAUCAAACAAGCA